AUGGCUGAGGUUCAGGCCAAGCUGCAAAAGCUCUCUGAAGAGUACACUGCUCUCCAAAAUGAACUUCAGACCACCGUCCAGGCGCGGCAAAAACUCGAAGCUCAGAAGCAGGAGAACCUUGGCGUGAAAGAGGAGUUCGACAACCUCAAGGACGGCGAGCAGAUCUACAAGCUCGUCGGCCCCGUGCUGCUGAAGCAAGACAAGGUGGAGGCCGAGAGCACAGUCAAGGGUCGUCUGGAUUUCAUCACCAAGGAGAUCGAGAGGCACGAGGGCCAGAUCAGGGACGUCCAGGGAAAGCUUGAGAAGAAGAAGGGCGACAUCAUCCAGCUGCAAACCAGCGCGCAGGCCGCCGCGGCGAAGAAAUGA